AUGGUUUCUGCAGGCAACGAUCAUACAGUGCUUCUUCGGAGUGAUGGCAGUGCUGUUGCCAUCGGAGAUAGUAGAGAUGGACAAUGCAACAUCCCAGCCUUGGAUGAGGGACUAGCAUACACCCAGGUUUCUGCAGGCAGUUUUCAUACAGUGCUUCUGCGCAGUGAUGGAAGUGCUGUUGCCAUCGGAGAUAGUAGAGGUGGACAAUGCGACAUCCCACCUUUGGAUGAGGGAAUGGCCUACACCCACGUUUCUGCAGGCAACAUUCAUACAGUGCUUCUCCGGAGUGAUGGCAGUGCUGUUGCCAUCGGAGCCAAAAGCCGUUACCGCUGGGAUAACGCUGGACAAUGCAACAUCCCACCUUUGGAUGAGGGAAUUGCAUACACCCAGAUUUCUGCAGGCAACGAUCAUACAGUGCUUCUUCGGAGUGAUGGCAGUGCUUUUGCCAUCGGAGGCAAUAACGCUGAACAAUGCAACAUCCCACCUUUGGAUGAAGGACUGGCAUACACCGAGAUUUCGGCUGGUGCCACUCAUACAGUGCUUCUUCGGAGUGAUGGCAGUGCUGUUGCCAUCGGAGACAAUGAAUGUGGACAAUGCGACAUCCCACCUUUGGAUGAGGGAAUGGUGUAUACCCAGAUUUCUGCAGGUAGGAAGCAUACAGUGCUUAUCCGGAGUGAUGGCUGUGCUGUUGCCGUCGGAGACAAUCCAUAUGAACAAUGCAACAUCCCGCCUUUGAAUGAGGGAAUGACGUACACCCAGGUUGCUGCAGGAGCGUAUCAUACAGUGUUGCUCCGAAGUGAUGGCUGUGCUGUUGCAAUCGGAGACAUUAAUUUUGAGAAAUGCAACAUCGUGCCCCCAGAGCCGGGAAUUCGCUAUAUCAGCGAUAGAACACAUGGCAGAGACUUAGCCUUACAACUAGAGUUGGUGGGCGAGGAUGAUGCCAUCACCCUGACAUGCUCGACUUUGGUGGGGGAAGAACGCUUUCGUUUGACUGCACAGGGGAUUGACUCAGCCUGGGAGACCCACAAAAGGAUUGCCCGCGACUUGAAUGUGAAUCUCGCAAACCUCCAGCUCAUUUUGCCAGAUGGGCAGUUGUUGGCCAAAGUCUGCCACGCAAAUCCAGGGGUCUCAGUUGCCAAGGCAUCGUGGAACGAAACCAUGUGGCAGCGCGCACAUCGAUUGCUUUCGAACCGCUACGCACAGGAGAUGUUGGACCAAGCGAACAAGAGCAAAAAGGCCAUCAGCCAGCAGCAGGUGUUGAAGGUCCUGAAGGCCUGGGCCUUUGGACGGAACUUUGGACGCCUGAAUGUCAUGCCCGAUGGCAAGGACUGGGUGUGGUCGGACACCUUGGGGCUCUUGCGAGAUCGCGUUGGUGACAUCCACGUGACGGGCCCGGCCAAGCGAUACCCAGCGGUGGUCCAGGUGCUGAACGGAUGGUUGCAUGGGAUCUUGCCAGCGGAGGUGAAGGACUUCCCCUGGACCAGCAUCAACUUGAACUGCAACUACGCCGCGAAACGCCACCGCGACCAGAACAACUUUGGCGCCAGCCUGAUUGCGGCUACGGGCGACUUCACAGGAGGAGGCUUGGCGGUGUGGCCAGAGGACAACAAGUCCAACGGACUGACGCAGCUGCCAUCUGCGAAGCAGGUGGAACUUGACAUCCAGGAGAACCUGGUGAUGUUCAAUGGGAACUCGGCGCAUGAGGUGAAAAGUUUCAAGGGCGAGCGCUUCUCCAUCGUCUUCUUCACUGUGGGCUGCCACGCCAAAGCGGAGAGCAAGGUGAAAGCCGAGCUGACGGAUUUGGGGUUCCAGGUGCCGGUCAGCCACGAGAAGCCGGACAAGUUCCUGCGGGCGCCGGCGGGGUAUCCGGCGCCCAAGGGAGCUGACAAGUCCUCCAAGAAGACGCUUCGUUCUUGGAACAUUAAGGGCCUGGAGAAGAAGGCGAAGACAUUCAGUUCGAAGGCCUUGAAGAUGGUCAUGAAGCCAGCAUUGAAGAAGGUGCUGAAGCAGAAGUGA